GAACGGCUGUUGAACGACAGGCUAGCUUCGGCGAGUGGUUGGAAAGAGAAGCUCGCGGCUAUACAAUUCCGUCAGGGUUGUAUCGAUCAAUUUGGUCUUAAGUAUUUCGCCUCAGUGGUGGGAUGGCCUGUAAUAGCUCUACCAUUCAUCACUGAAGGGGCUCCGAAAGAUGGGAAGGAUCAGCUUAGACGACUUACCCAGUAUAGAGUCGCUGACAAUCUGAUCCAGACUUCAAGUGCAUCACUAUGUGACCUCAUACUUACGUAUAAGAAAGUCCAAACCCUAGCUGGGUACACGGCUAGGGUGUCGGAGUUGGUUGAAGCAUUGAACCGAUCAGACGAGCAGCACACAAGGCGGAUGCGAACGUCCUCUCCAGAGAAGACACAUGAGGAGUCUCAGGAAGAUGCUAUGCCUAACGCCGCCCUCUUAGCGGCGAAUGAUCUGACCAUCACCACGCCAGAUAAAUCCCGUACACUACUCGAUGGUUUUAACUUUGUGGCCAAGCCAGGAGACCGCGUGCUUAUAACCGGGCCUAAUGGUGCUGGGAAGACCUCCCUAUUCCGUGUCCUAGCAGGUCUAUGGCCAGCAUCGGCCGGAGGUAUUAGAAUUAAUAAGACCUUGAGCUCCGGGGCCCUACAAGAGGGAGAGUUAGGCGAUGUAAGGCCCACCCUGCAGCUCUCUGUGAAGCUCUAG